CGCUCCCUCCCUCUUCUUCCCUCCCUCCCUGGGCCGCCUCCUCCUCCUUCUCCUCCUCCCUUUCUCUCCCGCUCUGUCUCUCCCGGCCCGGAAUCCAUUCCGGCCUGGGAGCCGGAGCGGCCUGGCCGCCGUCUGUCUGCCCGACCCCCUGGCCGUCUGGCGGUCCGCCCUCCCGUGCGUCUGCCUGCUGGUGCGCCCGCCUGUCCGCGGCCCAGACUUCAGAGGCUCAGAGAAGUGAAGCAAUUGCUCAGCUAUGAGAGAGCGAGCCAGGAUUUGAAACCAGAUGAGGAUGCUGAGGACCUGAGAGGGGAAGUGACUUGCUUAAGGUCACUGAGUGGGAAGAGGUGAAGCAGGGCCUUUAGUCUGCGACCCCUGACUCCACACCUAGUGUUUGCUGAGACCCCAGGCUGCUUCCCAGGUCCUCUGGGACAGCUCUGCCUUCCACCAGGUGAGGACCAUGGGCAGCAACAAGAGCAAGCCCAAGGAUGCCAGCCAGCGGCGCCGCAGCCUGGAGCCUGCCGAGAACGCCCACGGUGGCGGCGGCGGGGGUGCCUUCCCCACCUCACAGACGCCCAGCAAGCCGGCCUCCGCUGACGGCCACCGUGGCCCCAACACGGCCUUCUCCCCUGCCACCGCCGAGCCCAAGCUGUUUGGAGGCUUCAACUCCUCGGACACAGUCACCUCCCCGCAGAGGGCGGGGCCGCUGGCUGGCGGAGUGACCACCUUUGUGGCCCUCUACGACUAUGAGUCCCGGACAGAGACUGAUCUAUCCUUCAAGAAAGGGGAGCGGCUGCAGAUUGUCAACAACACGAGGAAGGUGGAUGUCAGAGAGGGAGACUGGUGGCUGGCCCACUCGCUCAGCACGGGACAGACGGGCUACAUCCCCAGCAACUACGUGGCGCCCUCCGACUCCAUCCAGGCUGAGGAGUGGUACUUUGGCAAGAUCACAAGACGGGAGUCAGAGCGGUUACUACUCAAUGCAGAGAACCCGAGAGGGACCUUCCUAGUGCGAGAAAGCGAGACCACGAAAGGUGCCUACUGCCUCUCAGUGUCCGACUUCGACAACGCCAAGGGCCUCAACGUGAAGCACUACAAGAUCCGCAAGCUGGACAGCGGCGGCUUCUACAUCACGUCUCGCACCCAGUUCAACAGCCUGCAGCAGCUCGUAGCCUACUACUCCAAACAUGCUGAUGGCCUGUGCCACCGACUCACCACUGUGUGCCCCACGUCCAAGCCACAGACUCAGGGCCUGGCCAAGGACGCUUGGGAGAUCCCCCGGGAGUCACUGCGGCUGGAGGUCAAGCUGGGCCAGGGCUGCUUUGGAGAGGUGUGGAUGGGGACCUGGAACGGCACCACCAGGGUGGCCAUCAAAACCCUGAAGCCGGGCACGAUGUCUCCAGAGGCCUUCCUGCAGGAGGCCCAGGUCAUGAAGAAACUGAGGCACGAGAAGCUGGUGCAGCUGUACGCCGUGGUGUCCGAGGAGCCCAUCUACAUCGUCACGGAGUACAUGAGCAAGGGGAGUUUGCUGGACUUUCUCAAGGGGGAGACGGGCAAGUAUCUGCGGCUGCCUCAGCUGGUGGACAUGGCUGCUCAGAUCGCCUCAGGCAUGGCGUACGUGGAGCGGAUGAACUAUGUCCACCGGGAUCUCCGUGCUGCCAACAUCCUGGUUGGAGAGAAUCUCGUGUGCAAAGUGGCCGACUUUGGCCUGGCUCGGCUCAUCGAAGACAACGAGUAUACAGCCCGGCAAGGUGCCAAAUUCCCCAUUAAGUGGACGGCUCCAGAAGCUGCCCUCUACGGCCGGUUCACCAUCAAGUCAGACGUGUGGUCCUUUGGGAUCCUGCUGACAGAGCUCACGACAAAGGGCCGGGUGCCCUACCCUGGGAUGGUAAACCGUGAGGUGCUGGACCAGGUGGAGCGAGGCUACCGGAUGCCCUGCCCACCUGAGUGCCCCGAGUCCCUGCACGACCUCAUGUGCCAGUGCUGGCGGAAGGAGCCCGAGGAGCGGCCCACCUUCGAGUACCUGCAGGCCUUCCUGGAGGACUAUUUCACGUCCACUGAGCCCCAGUACCAGCCUGGAGAGAACCUAUAGGGGCAGCUACGGGGCCAGACCGGCUGCUCGGCGUGGAUCGGGCUGGGUGGCCCCCAGUGCGGGGUCCUGCCUCGCUCUUCCUGCCGCUGCUGCUCCUCUGUGGGGCUGAGUUGUCAGUGAUUAGGCCUCUCCCUCUUUUGAGGCAUGGAAGGGCUUGGGGCCCGGAGCAGCCCUGAGGGCGGGGUCCAAGGCUGGCACGGUGACUGUGCCUGGCUCCUGCUCCCACCACACACCUCCUUGUACACCUCCUGGAGCUCCGUGAAUUGCAGCAGGAGGACGUGGGGAAAAGGGCUGGAGCUGAGGGCUCCCUUUCCCAGCCUCAGCCUCCUCUACACAUUGGCUCCUUCCCUCUUCCACGCCAUGCAGGGCUGUCUCCAGAGCUGGCCAAAGAGCCUUUCCAAAGAAAAGUGAUAGGCCCUUGGCCGUCAGCCUGCCUGAUACCCUGCCCCUUGCCGUCCAUUUCUGAAACACCUGUUCGUGGAGGCUGCUGGGUCCAGACCCCUCUGCCCUGGCUCCCGGGCAGAGCAGCCUGACGCCUCGACUGAUUGAUGAUGGUGGGUGGGGUGGGCUCCCCGCAAACCCUGCCCUUCUUAGACCCGAGGGUCCCUUAGAGAUCAUCAAUUCCUUGUCCCUUACUACCCAUGGGGAGACAGCCCAGAGAGAGGUUGUGACUCACCCAAGUCCACAGAGCAGUUCAGAGUUGAGGUGGGAUCAGAACCCGGUGCUCCCUCUGUCUUCCUCAGGAACCAAGAUUGUCCUCAGCGGCAUCAUGGACAGACUGUGGCAGCCCAAGGGACAAGGGGCCUGAGGGUGGGUUAGAGGCAGCAGAGAGUUCUGCUAUUUCCCGCUCAGCGGGGCUGUUGUGGGGGGAGAGUGGAGGUGGGUGUGGGGCUGAGCUGGGAAUGAAGGGUGAAGGUGCAGGUGUAGGGAGGCAGACUUCAGUCAGAAUGUGGGUGGAUUUUGACCUUCAGGCUUAGCCAGUCAUGAAAGGGAGUGAGCUCCCAGGCUCUGGGGGCAAUCAGGCAGAAAUAGAAGAUCCAAGUGGUUGGGAAACUUGCCCUGGCCUUAGGAGGGGGCCCCAGGUUGUCUGCCCAGUUUGUCCUGUGUCAUUUCAAUGCCUGGCCCCUGCUCUCCUCUCCACGUUGGCACCCUAAACUCAUGAGUAGGGAAAGGAGUGCCUAGGCUGGGGUGGGAGAGGAUGAGGGUUCCACUGUCAGGUAUCAGGACUGGCUGUGAGACCUUGGGUGGACCUGACUUCUCUGGGCUGCAGCGUCUGCCUCCUUCUGUGGCCAUGGCCUCUGCAAUUGCUCCCCUCCUGUCCUGUCCAGACCUGUGACCCGGCAUCACACAGGCGGGCGUCAGGAGACUGUUUUGGCCCUCGCUCUACUGUUCAGUCUUAGGGUAUGUGGUGGCUUCUCCCUGGCCUCAGUGUGCCCCUCCUAAAAGGGGAAGCUGACAGUUUAUGGGCAUCUUGGUAAGGGCCUCUGUGUGUGUAUGUGUGUGUGUGCACGUGUGUGUUCCUCCAUGUGUGUCCAUAUUUAACAUGUAAAAAUGCCCCUUACUCUGUCGCCCAGACACAUUGUACAUUUCACCCACAGCCCCCCUCAUAGCAAUAACAUUCCUGCUGCCGGGGAUUCUUGAGCCAGCCAGGCCCUGCCAGUGGGGAAGGAGGCCAAAGGGGUGCCUGCCUAUGAAAUUUCAACUUUUCCUUUCAUACAUGUUUAUUACCCAAGUCUUCUCCUGUCUGUCCCAGUCCCAAAUCUGGACUCACCUACACGAACGUGCUCUCAAAUCCCCUUCUAACUGCCCAAGACCCUUUGUAUAAGGUGUCCUAAUACUGUCCUUUUUUAAAAAAACAGUGUUUUGUAGAUUUCAGAUGACUAUGCAGAGGCCUAGCAGACCCCUAGUUCUGGGCAGGGCCUGGGGGUCCCACAUUCCAUGGCCCAGGCUCGGGGGGUGGGGGAACCCAGAAUUGGUUGUAAAUACUUUGUAUAUUGUCUGAUUAAACACAAACAGACCUCAGA